AUGCACAGCACACCGACAUUGGACCUUCUGCCGUCGCCGCCCCCUUCCGAUACCGAUGGCGCCAGCUCACCAAAGAGCUCCGUCGAGGCGCUUUCCUCUCUUAUCAAAUCCACCUACCAGAGCUCUGAGUUACGUGGCACACAAUGCGGUUUUUGCACGCCCGGUAUUGUUAUGAGCUUGUACGCUCUGAUCAGGAAUUCAUAUCGGGAUGGCAAAUUCCAUCUUACCAACUCCGAUGUCGAGCUCCAGGGCCAUCUCGACGGAAAUCUUUGCCGAUGUACUGGCUACAAGCCAAUUCUCGAAGCCGCUCGGACAUUCAUCACCGAAGAUUUGAACGGAGUCAUUGCAGAAAGCAAUGGCCACAAAGAGUCUCCCGGCCCAAGUACUCCAGACACAGAGGAAACUGAUGCAAAUGCCUUUCGUGCUGCCAAUGGCUCUGGGUCAUGUGGUCGACCAGGUGGCUGCUGUCGAGAUGAUCCGAAUGCCAAGGGUUGCGGUUCGGCCAAGCCUACUGAGGCAGAAAUUACACCACCGAGUUCACCUGGCAAGUCAUUUAUGGAGCGAACCUUCUUGCCAUACGAUGCUUCCACUGAACCGAUAUUUCCACCGUCCCUUUGGAAGUAUGAGCCUCGACCGAUCUGUUAUGGAGACGAGCGACGACUUUGGUUUAGGCCGACAAGUUUGAAGCAGCUUGUUGAGUUGAAGGCGGUUUAUCCCUCGGCAAAAAUCGUGGGCGGUGCGAGCGAGACACAGAUCGAAGUCAGAUUCAAGAAGAUGAACUAUCGAGUCUCCGUCUUUGCGGCAGAUAUUCCCGAGUUAAACAGUCACGAAGAUCCCAGUGAACUGAGCCAGGCUAAGCUCAACACUCUCAAGGAGAUUACAAUCCCGGGCAAUCUGUCAUUGACUAAAGUAGAGAAUCUUUGCACCAACCUGUAUCGAAAACUUGGCCGACGUGCUUUGCCACUAGAAGCGCUCCGAAAGCAGCUCCGCUACUUUGCUGGACGUCAGAUUCGGAAUGUGGCCAGUCUUGCAGGCAGUCUCGCUACCGCAAGCCCAAUUUCAGAUUCUGCACCUGUGCUUCUAGCAGCCGGUGCAAGAGUAAGUGUACUGUCUCGGAAACUCGGGGCCUUCGAUAUUCCCCUGUCUUCUUGGUUUGUGUCUUAUCGGACUACCGCCCUUCCGGAAGAUGGAGUUAUUACUCAAAUCGUCAUCCCACUUGCUGAAGAAGAAUCCCUGGAAAUUACGAAGGCAUACAAGCAAGCCAAGAGAAAAGACGACGAUAUUGCCAUUGUCACAUCUGGCUUGAGAGUCCGUCUUGAUCAAGAUGGCAUGGUGCAAGACUCAGGCUUUGCUUUUGGUGGAAUGGCUCCAACUACGGUGAUUGCCGCCAAGGCACAAGAAGCCGUUGCUAGCAAACGGUGGGCCGACACAGCUACACUGGAGGCAGCGAUGGAUGCGCUGUUGGAACAAUUUGACCUGCCUUUUGGUGUUCCUGGCGGCAUGGCCCAUUAUCGCAGAGUCUUGACCAUAUCCAUGUUCUUCCGUUUCUGGCACGAGGUUGUCAGUGAGCUGGGCCUCGCAAAGGUCGACCCCGAUCUAAUCCAAGAAAUCCACCGCGAAAUAUCCUCUGGCAAUCGUGACAACUUCACAGCCUCGAUGAAAAACAGAGGAACCAGGACUGUAGGACGACCGGUUCCCCAUCUCUCAGCACUGAAGCAUUGCACUGGAGAGGCAGAGUAUGUCGAUGACAUGCCUCGACAACACAAUGAACUUUUUGGUGCACCGGUCAUGUCCAAGAUGGCACACGCUGAAAUACUCAGUGUCGAUUGGACAGCUGCCUUGGAGAUGCCAGGGGUAGUCGGCUAUCUGGACAAGAACAGUCUAUCAUCGGACCAGAACACAUGGGGCCCAGUUGUUCGCGACGAGGAGCUUUUCGCCGAUGGCAAAGUUCACUUUUAUGGGCAGAUUAUUGGGCUGGUCUAUGCGGAAUCGGCUCUACAAGCUCGAGCAGCUGCCGAUCGUGUUCAAGUCACCUACAACGCCCUGUCUUCCAUUGUCACCAUUGACGAAGCGAUCAAGGCCGGCAGCUUCUUCAAGCAUGGGAAGCAACUGAGAAAGGGUGAUGCCGUUGGGGGGUCACUUGAAGACGCCUUUAGCAAGUGUGCGCAUGUCUUCGAAGGCACGACAAGGAUGGGAGGCCAGGAACACUUUUACCUCGAGACCAACGCGGCGCUUGCAAUUCCCCAUAUGGAAGACGGCUCCAUGGAGGUCUAUGUUUCGUCACAGAAUCUCAUGGAGAACCAAGUCUUUGUGGCCCAGGUUUUGGGCGUUCCGAUGAGUAGGGUCAACAUGCGCGUUCGUCGCAUGGGAGGAGCCUAUGGUGGCAAGGAGUCAAGAAGCACUCCCAUUGCUAUGCUGGUGGCUUUGGCAGCACGCAAGGAAUCUCGUCCCGUGCGCAUGAUGCUCAAUCGUGAUGAGGAUAUUGCUACCAGCGGCCAGAGACAUCCGUUCCAGUCGCACUGGAAGGUCGGUGUUGAUUCGCAGGGAAAGAUUCAGGUCCUGGACGUGGAUAUUUACAACAAUGCGGGCCACACGCUGGACAUGAGCUCGGCGGUGAUGGAUCGUGCUUGUACUCACGUCGAUAAUUGCUACUACAUCCCGCACGCCUGGGUCCGAGGAUGGGUCUGCAAGACCAACACUGUCAGCAAUACGGCUUUCCGUGGCUUCGGUGGUCCUCAGGGCAUGUACAUUACCGAGAACAUCAUGUACGCCAUCUCGGAAGGUCUGAAUAUCGAUAUUGACGACCUCCGAACUCGAAACCUGUACCAAAUUGGGCAACGGACACCAUUCCUGCAGGAAAUCACAGACGACUUCCAUGUCCCUACCAUGCUAGAGCAGCUCACCUUCACUUCUGACUACGAGAAGCGAAAAAUGGCAGUCAAGGAGUUCAACUUAAAGAAUCGCUACAAGAAGAGGGGAAUUUGCAAGAUACCAACCAAGUUCGGCCUCAGCUUUGCAACUGCUCUGUGCCUCAACCAGGCCGCAGCUUAUGUCAAGAUCUACGAAGAUGGUUCAGUUCUCCUGCACCAUGGGGGCACCGAAAUGGGCCAAGGCUUGUACACCAAGAUGUCCCAAGUUGCAGCCGAGGAGCUAGGCGUCACUGUGGAUGAGGUUUACAACAAGGAGUCACAGACUGACCAGAUCGCCAACGGUUCUCCCACUGCAGCAUCCUCUGGUAGUGACUUGAACGGACAGGCGGUCAAGAACGCGUGCGAUCAGAUCAAUGAGCGGUUGAAGCCGUAUCGAGAGAAGUACGGCUAUGAUGCGCCGCUAUCCAAGAUCGCGCAUGCGGCGUACUCCGACAGAGUCAACCUGGCGGCAAACGGCUUCUGGAAGAUGCCCCGAAUUGGUUAUGUGUGGGGAAAUUGGAAGGAUCCUCUGCCUAUGUAUUACUACUGGACUCAAGGAGUUGCUAUCACCGAGGUCGAACUAGACACCUUGACUGGAGAUUCUACGGUCCUUAGAACUGACCUCAUGAUGGACAUUGGCCGGUCCAUUAACCCAGCUCUUGACUAUGGUCAAAUUGAAGGGGCUUUUGUGCAGGGCCAAGGUCUAUUCACAAUGGAAGAAUCCUUGUGGACAAAGACCGGAGAGCUUUUUACCAAAGGGCCUGGAACAUAUAAGAUCCCAGGCUUCUCUGAUAUCCCUCAAGUAUUCAACAUAUCGACUUUGCAACAUGAUUCGGAAGGCAAGCCGAUCAGCUGGGAGAAGAUUCGCUCUAUCCAGAGCAGCAAAGGCACGGGAGAGCCUCCCCUUUUCCUGGGGUCUUCAGUUUUCUUUGCCUUGAGGGAAGCUGUCAAGGCCGCUCGCGAGAUGAACAAGGUCACAGAGCCUUUGGUGUUGAACGCUCCAAGCACUGCAGAGAAGCUACGGUUGGCUGUUGGCGAUAGCUUGAUCCGACGAGCGGGAGUGGUUUGCAAGGAAGGAGAGAAGAACUUCUUUACUAGAAUAGAGACAUAG